AUGACGCAGGAAGAGGGAAAGGCUUACUUUUCGCAGAAGAAAUACAAGGAGGCCCUCCGCUCCUAUGCUGCCGCUUUGAGCCAUUUGAAGCAGGACAGUGAUACUGAGAAGGAGCAAGCCGCGGCGUUGCGUGCGAAUCGCUCGUUAUGUUGCCUUCAACUGGGAGACAAUGAACUGGCAUUGGCAGAGGCGGAACAAGCCAAAGUUUUGUCGCCCGCCUGGCCGAAAGCACAUUUUCGUGUGGCCACUGCCCUCAAGGCCUGCGGGCGUUUGGGCGAUGCACGUCUGGCCACCUGCGAAGCCUUGCGUUUGGCGCCGAAGGAUGGCACCAUUCAGGCCUUGCAAAAGGAGCUGCGACAAGAGCUCUUUGCAGAUUGCAGCGCAUUCGGCGAGGCCCUGGACGCGUUGGAGGAUUUCAAUCGCUCUCCUGAAGAAACCAAAAGGGCUGCGCAGGUCGUCAAGGACAUGCUGUUGAGUGAUGUGAAAGAGGACGUCUUGCGAGCGUUCAUGGCGUCGGCAGGAUCAAAGACCAUCUUUCGACGUCAGAAUGCCAUGGGAGAUAACUGGCAGGAAGAAGCUCGGAAUGGCACCAUGUCUCUCCUCAGCGAGAUCACCAAAGCAGGUCCCCAACUUGAAGAAGAGCUGGUCCGCUUGAACCAAGAGGCGGAAGCCCUGGAAGGCAGCUGCAACGCCGCGGGCUGCAGCGAUCCUCAUACCAUGAGUAAGGCCCAGGAAGCCAAGUUGGACCGACAGAAAGUGGCGCCACCACCGGCACUGCCUGAGGAGGAAGCCUUCUCUGGAAUCUCGAAAAAUCGCAGGAAGAAAAAAGGACAAGGUUUGCCCAAAGACACCGCCGCACCGGCAAAACUGGCAGAACCUUCCAAUGUUUGCUUGAGUUUGCCUACGAUGUCAACAAAGGCGACGGAUUUGUUGUUCUCCUUCGGACCGCUGCGCGCGUUGGCCGUUGCCGCUGCAGUUGCGCAGGAUUGGGCAAAGGCAGCAAGCAGGUUCGGUGAAAACGGUCACGCUGAUCCGUCCAGCGUCGAGAUCCGACAGGCAAGCUGGCUCCGAUGGGCAGAGAUCCUUUGCCCAGGUGUGGCCGAUCUACAGAUUGCUUCUCCGAUGAUGGGUAAGCAGUUGCUGAAACAUUUGGUUGCUGCACCCGAAAGAGUCGCAGAAUCCAAAAUGGUCGCAGAUUCCAUGGCCACCUGGUCCUUCAUCCUGGAGAUUUGGCGAGACGACAGGCGAUUGUGGGCCACCUGUCUCACUGGAGCCCAUGCAUUGCCCGGAUUUUUGGAGGCUGAAGCUACAGAGCCAGGCGAACGAAACUACCCCCUUUGGUCUGCGUAUCCCACCUGCUACGAGCGCAUGGACGUGUUGCUGCCCGGGGAAGCGCGUCGCAGCACGUUGGCCGGAGUGGUCGCUUCCCUUGGCGACUGCGGCGACCGCCAUCUGCGGGGGAAAGCCUUGGCCGUGUCCGGAGCAACUACGCUGGCGCUCCCGGUGUCGCUGCAUGCGGGGAGUCGCUUCAGCAAGGAGGUCCUGACGUCCAACAUUGGGCCGCUUCAACUGGUGCUGGGCCUUGGUGCGCGCAACGUGUUGCCAAGCCCCAAGGCACAGUGUCCUGUUGGAUCUUUGGAGUUUCUUUGUGGCCUGGCUUUUGCAGGAGCCGAUGGUCGAUGGUUGGAUCGAGCCACCAUCUCUGCGUUGUUGAGAGUCAGUAGUGAACGUCAGAGGCUGGAAAAAGAGCUGGAGCUGGUGCAGCACAACUUGCGACAACACACCGAGCUCGCCGAUGAGGCUCACAGUGAGAUCGAACGCACCUGCGGCGGGAUCAAGGAUUCGGUACAACACCACAUGGCGACGUCUUUGCGACUGCAGCCCCUUGAUGAUGCCGAAGGCUUUGAGGAUUGA